AUGGAGUCGGCGGGAGAAACUAAAUCGAUUGCAAUCGAUAGCAUCAUUCCGCUGGAAGACGCCGGCCUUGAGGACUGUUCCCUACCGCCGGAUUCCAUCAGGGAGGCAUUUUGGAAGGCAGCCUCAGCCGUGAGAUCGAUCGCUUCGGACGAAGGCGGAUGCGUGGAAGAUCCAUGGGAAGAGUCCUCCUACGAGGGCUGCGUGGUGGAGAAAGGCGGCGGAUGGACGGAGGCGGCGGGAGAUAGAGUGGUGGUGGUGGGGGAUGCGGAAGAGAAAGUGGAUGACUAUGUGAUUUGGGAUAUAGGUCCAUGA